UUCACCAUUUCUUUCAAAAUCUCUCUCUCUCUCUCUCUCUCUCUCUCUCUCUCGUGAGCUCUGAGUUUACUUCGUCGAUCUCUGAAUCAAGAGAGGAGCACCUGGUUUUCGCCGUAACAAUGGAUGAUCAAACUCUAGAUACACUGUGUUCGGAAUUCGAUCAGGCUGUGACUCUUUCCGGUCGGAGUAAUGUUGAUGCAUGUGAAACGGUAGAGACACCGAGACAAGACGCGGCACAAUUUGGAGUAAAUAGUCAUGUAGUGGAUAUGAGUGAUGCCUCUAAUGACACCCAAGAAAUUCAGGGGCAGACUCUUCCAAUAUUUCAGAAAAUUGAAGAUCUCAGCAACAAAGUACAGAUUAUUAGGAAGGAACAUGCAGUUUUGUGCAAUGAAGUAAAGGGCAUAACUGCUGAUUCUUUACUUGGCACCGAAGCUUUCUCUGCUCUUCAGAAUAUUAGCAUGGAACAUGAACUUUUGAAAAAGAAGUACCAUGAAGAGUGUGAAUUACUGAAAAAGAAGUAUCUUGAAGAAUGCUCAGAAAGAAAGAAGCUUUACAAUGAGGUGAUUGAACUCAAAGGAAAUAUUAGAGUCUUUUGUCGGUGUAGGCCACUGAAACAAGAUGAAAGCACUUCAGUCGUCGAGUUUGACUCAUCUCAGGAAAACGAGCUACAGGUCACUUGCUCUGAUUCUUCCAGGAAGCUAUUCAAGUUUGAUCAUGUAUUCAGACCAGAGGACAACCAAGAGGCUAUCUUUGCGCAAACUCUGCCUAUAGUGACCUCUGUCUUGGAUGGCUACAACGUCUGCAUAUUUGCCUACGGACAGACAGGUACAGGCAAGACAUACACAAUGGAAGGAACACCAGAAAAUAGGGGGGUAAACUACAGGACGUUGGAUGAGCUUUUUAGAAUAUCCAAUGAGAGGAGCAGCAUUAUGAGAUACGAAUUAUUUGUAAGCAUGUUAGAGGUUUACAAUGAAAAGAUAAGGGAUCUCCUGGUUGAGAACUCGAACCAACCAGUGAAGAAGUUGGAGAUAAAGCAGUCAGCUGAGGGUACACAGGAAGUCCCUGGACUUGUUGAGGCUCGUGUUUAUGGUACAGAUGAGGUGUGGGGCCUACUCUCAUUAGGAAGUCGAGUAAGAUCUGUUGGAUCAACCAAUGCUAAUGAGCAAAGUAGCCGUUCUCACUGCUUGUUGCGUGUGACUGUCAUGGGAGAGAAUUUAGUAAGUGGGCAAAGGACAAGAAGCCAAUUGUGGCUGGUUGAUCUGGCUGGAAGCGAGCGCGUCGGUAGGAUUGAAGUUGAUGGUGAUAGGUUGAAGGAAUCCCAGUUCAUAAAUAAGUCCUUAUCAGCGCUGGGGGAUGUUAUCUCUGCUCUUGCCUCCAAAACAUCUCAUGUUCCAUACAGGAAUUCAAAACUCACACAUAUUCUGCAAAGUUCUCUAGGAGGAGAUUGUAAGACUUUGAUGUUUGUUCAAAUUAGCCCAAAUGUGGCCGACUUAGGAGAAACCCUUUGUUCCUUGAAUUUCGCAAGCCGCGUUCGAGGUGUUGAACAUGGGCCUGCUCGGAGACAGACAGAUCACACUGAGCUGUUAAAAUACAAGCAGCUUGCAGAAAAAGCAAAACAAGAUGAGAAGGAAACCAAAAAGUUGCAGGAAAGUUUGCAGUCUUUGCAAUUAAGGCUAGCUGCUAGAGAACACAUUUGCAGAAAUCUUCAAGAAAAGGUCAGAGAUCUUGAAAACCAAUUAGCAGAGGAAAGGAAAGCAAGAUUGAAACAGGAAAACAGAGUGUUGGCCUCAAUUUCUACUCAGUCAGCUUUACCAACGUCAAACCAAGCACAGAGGACCUCAACAGAUAGAAAGCCACCCCUUGCUCCAUCAAAAUUGAGGUUACCGCUAAGAAGAAUUACGAAUUUUGCACCCAUCCCAUCUCCUGUUCCAGCAAACCAAACUAGGAUGUCUGUUCUACCAGUUGUGGAUGAAGAUAAAGAGAAUAUAUCGAGUACACUAAAGAAAGACACCAAGGCAAGGCCGACUUUGAAACCAAGACGAGGCUCAAUUGCUGUAAGACCAAAUCCUCCUGCAUCAAGUCAGGUCCUUCAACCCAAACGAAGGGCUUCCAUUGCAACUAUUGGCCCAGAAUCCAAUACAAACUUGGCAACUCCACUUCGCAGCUCUAUUAGAUCAAGGAAUGACCGUGCGGUGGGCCGACAGUCUUUUGUGUGGGAUCCACAAAGAGUAUGGAGAACAUCAAGAGUAUCCUCCCCAUUGCCACAGUCGAGGGAGCUGUCAAGUGCAACAAUAGAGGCAACGCCUGUUGGCCAAAGGAGUAGUAAAUUUAAAGUAAGUCCUCCUUCACAGGCAGGUUCAUGGAGGCCCAAGCAUCCAACGGUCGUAGCACUACACAAGAAACACUUGGUCUGGAGUCCUCUGAAGAUGAGAGGCGUGAAAAGUAACAACUGGAAGUCAUAAUUCUCCACUUGCACAACAGAUUUCAGAAUUGUAUACUUUCUCUUAGAUAUCUUAAUUUCUUACCGGAUUUGUUGGUGUAUGCUUCUUGCUUACUGAUAUUAGACCUUUCUGAUGAUCAACAGUUGGGCAAUUUACAAAGUACUUAUGCACAUGCUAUUCUUUUAGCAUUUUGGCAUAAAUGUUGAACAAA